AUGAACCCAAGUGGUGCAUCUGAACAAGAUAUUCUUGAUAGAGCAAAGGAGUUAGUAAAGCAAGAUCCCAAAUUCAAAUGCGGAUUUAAGUUUGAUCAUGUAUGGCCGAUUGUCAAAGGCAUGCAGAAAUUUUGCAGAACUGGGAGCUUGCUAAAUGUUGGAGGUCGAAAAAGAACUUCCGAAGGAUCACAAUCACAAUCUUUUGUAACCGAGAAGUCAAUAGGCUCUUCCUCAUUUGCUGUUGAUUUGAAUGAUGAUUUUGAAAUUGAUGAACAUUGUAAUGAAAUGAACAAUGUAGGUGAACGUCCUACGGGAAGGAAGAAGGAAAAGAUGAAGCAUAAACUCUCGGAUGAGCGCAAUCAAUUUAUUGCCGCAAUAGAACAACAAACUGCACAAUUCAAAGGAAUGUUCGAAAACAAUCAUGAGCUACUCCAUAAACAAUAUGAGCUCGAUUUGCUUACAGCUCAAAAUGUAGCGAACAAAAUAACAUUAGGAAAAGAAAAAAUGGCAUUAGCAAAACGAAAAGAAGAUAACAAAAUCUUAAUGAUGAAUUUAAAUUUGAUAGAAGAUCUAGCUGUGCGUGAGUCGAUUAGACGCCAACAACUACAAAUUGUUGCAGAGAGAAAUCAAGAGCAUGGAGGAUGA